GCAUAGCUCAAUAUAUUAUUAAAGUUGAAACUCUUCUGGCAUUUUAAUUUGUGUCUGUGUGCCUAAUUCCCACCCACACACACUUACCAAUCUCUGCAUUCUCUGGUAACAAUCUAAGGAACAUGCCUGUGAGGGUAUUGGAGAACACCACACCUUCUCAGGUUUCAGGUGCAAAUUCGGGGCGGAGUUCAUUCCAAUCUUGUAGUCUUCUAGGAGUUGGGCAGGCCUUUUCUGGGACCCAGAAUGUUUCAAGCGCUCAAAAAGAUGAAGCAUGGAGAGUAAAUGUCCGUAUACAAGGAUGUGACCUUGAGCAUGGGUAUCUAUGUGGCACCAUGGAAGCACUUAAUGUUCCUAUGGCAGACACGCCAGUAGUAACAUUCUGGGAAGGGGAGAUUGUUGAUACCAAGAAUUAUACUUUCUUCACUGGCAAAUGGGAGGCAACACCAGAGGAUGAUAUAAGGCACUGGACUAAGUUUCCAUCUUUUUCUCCCCUAGUGGGCCAAGUCGAGGUUGACGGUGGCAAGUCUUUGGACCUAAGCAACUAUCCUCACAUAUUCAUGAGAUGGAAGGAGCAGUACUUUGUGAAUGUUGGAACUGACUGUGGGUUAACUAUAGCCGGCUUUUACUAUGUUUGUUUUUCUUGCAGUGAUGGCUCUAUCAGUGGAUUCUAUUACGAUCCCAACAGCAGCCCUUUCCAGAAGCUGGAGUUGAAAUCCACAAAUGAUGGAAGAUCAGGUUUCAGUUUUUCAUCAUAUGAGUUACAAUAAUAGAUUGUGACUCAUCUAACAUGUCAAAGUCCAUGUCUAAUUGAACUUCCUUGAAGUGUGUUAACAAUCAAUCAAGAACCUCUGGGAGAGUAUGCCAGAGCUCAAGACUGUCUGUUGUAUAUGAGUGGGAAAAUUUGGAAAGUUCAAGUUUACUGGGUUUGAAUCAGGUUUCAACCACUCUGAAUAUAUGCUUCUUGUAAAGCAGGAGGCCCAACACGGCUAUUACAAGCUGCAAAUAUAUUAUUAAAAUGUUAAAAGUAUGAUACAAUUUUUGUGGAACACAUUGAUAAAGAAUGACCUUGCUUGAUGGUGUUAUAGUUGCAAAUUGAAAUUUCAUUUUUAAUUCGUGUAUGUAUCAUGUAUCCCUCCUCUUAUUGAUUAAAAGUGAUUUUAACUCUCUACAAAAUGAAUUUAGUUGGAAUGAAUUGUUAG